CAAACUUCCUCCGUCUUUCCUCCGUUUCUAUCUCCCCGCCUCCUCCGCGGAAGCAGAGCGCCAAACUCAAACCUUAUCUGGACCUGGUCGCUUUACAAGGCUAGUACCAAGGGCCGGGCCUGGUGGGCUUUUCCGCACACCCGCCAGGGCAGCGGUCCAACAUGAGCCAAGUCCUGUUCCAGCAGCUAAUUCCGUUGCAGGUGAAAUGCAGAGACAGCGAGGAGAGGAGAAUAAGUGUUAGAGUGAGCAUUGAACUACAAUCAGUUUCUAAUCCAGUUCACAGAAAGGAUUUAGUUAUUCGUCUGACUGAUGAUACAGAUCCAUUUUUUUUGUAUAACCUUGUUAUAUCUGAGGAAGAUUUUCAAAGUUUAAAAUUCCAACAAGGUCUUCUGGUAGACUUCUUAGCUUUCCCACAAAAAUUUAUAGAUCUCCUUCAGCAGUGUGCUCAAGAACAUGCCAAAGAAAUCCCAAGGUUUUUACUACAGUUAGUUUCUUCAGCAGCUAUUUUGGAUAACUCACCUGCGUUUUUAAAUGUGGUAGAGACAAAUCCUUUUAAGCAUCUUACACACCUCUCACUAAAACUUUUACCUGGAAAUGAUACGGAGAUAAAGAAAUUUCUAGCAGGCUGUUUGAGAUGUAGCAAGGAAGAAAAAUUAUUAUUAACACAAUCACUAGAUGAUGUUACUAGGCAACUGAACCUCACAAAAAAGACAUUAUCAGAAAAAAUACAAGAAUUAGACAAAUUACGGAAUGAAUGGGUAUCACACACAGCCUCACUAACAAAUAAGCAUUCUCAGGAACUGACAAAUGAGAAGGAAAAAGCAUUACAGGCACAGGCUCAGUAUCAACAACAGCAUGAACAACAGAAAAAAGAUUUAGAAACCCUCCAUCAGCGAAACAUCCACCAGCUACAAAACAGAUUGUCUGAAUUGGAAGCAGCUAAUAAAGAUCUAACUGAGAGGAAAUAUAAAGGAGACUCCACUACUAGAGAACUUAAAGCUAAACUUUCUGGUGUUGAAGAGGAGCUGCAGCGAGCUAAGCAGGAAGUUCUCUCUUUGAGAAGAGAAAAUUCUACUUUAGAUGCUGAAUGUCAUGAGAAAGAAAAGCAUAUUAAUCAGCUACAAACAAAAGUGGCAGUUUUAGAACAAGAAAUUAAGGAUAAAGACCAGCUUGUUGUAAGAACAAAAGAAGCAUUUGAUACAAUCCAGGAACAAAAGGUGGCAUUAGAAGAAAAUAGUGAGAAAAAUCAGGUUCAACUGGGAAAACUUGAAGCUACAAUAAAAUCAUUAUCAGCAGAACUUCUGAAGGCAAAUGAAAUUAUCAAGAAGUUACAAGGGGAUUUGAAAACUCUGAUGGGUAAGUUGAAACUGAAGAAUACAGUUACUAUUCAGCAAGAAAAACUAUUGGCUGAGAAGGAGGAAAAAUUACAAAAGGAACAAAAGGAAUUACAAGAUGUUGGACAGACUCUCAGAGCUAAGGAACAAGAGGUAUGCAAAUUACAAGGACAAUUAGAAGCUACAGUUCAAAAACUUGAGGAAAGCAAACAGCUUCUAAAAAAUAAUGAAAAGUUAAUCACAUGGUUAAAUAAAGAACUAAAUGAAAAUCACCUAGUGAGAAAGCAAGAUGGAUUGGGACCUUCUACCACUCCACCUGCACAUUCCAGCAGCAACACAAUCAGAAGUGGAAUUUCUCCUAACCCGAAUGUGAUUGAUAAUAGACUUGCUUACCCAGGCUGUGGGAUUGGUUAUCCUGUGUCUUCUGCAUUUGCAUUCCAGAAUACCUUUCCUCAUCCAAUACCUGCCAAAAAUAUCAUCCACCCAGUUUCAGGACCAAAGGUUCAGUUUAACUUACAGUUUACAAAACCGAGUACAUCACUAGGAGAUACUCACUCAGGGGCAGCUGUUGGUGUUCCAUGCUCCACUGACAAGGAAAAUGGAGAAAAUUUAGGGCUGGAAUCCAAAUACCUGAAGAAAAGAGAAGAUAGUAUUCCUUUACGUGGUCUCAGCCAGAAUCUAUUUAGUAAUGCAGACCAUCAAAAAGAUGGCACUUUAGGAGCACUGCAGACUUCUUCCAAACCCACAGUGCUCCCUUCCACAUCUUCAGCCUACUUCCCUGGACAGUUGUCAAGCAGUUAAUUCCAGCACCAUUUUAUACAUUUAUUGGCAUUUUACAAACUCAGGUGGUUUAAAACUGUUAACAGAAGUCCAAUCCUAAGCAGGCAAGUUUCAGAUUUUACUUUUUGUCAGGUUGUUUGGAUCAUUUACAACUCUGAUUACUGUACAGGAACACAUUUGUACUUGGGGAUUGGUAGAGUCCGAGUAAGUGAUUAUUUUGGGGUCUUGUUGAUAAAAAUAAUAGUAAUAUGAAUUUCAUUAAACUGAGUGUAUCGAUCCUUAUAAAGGAUAUUCUAAUCAUAUUUUAAAUCUGAGUAAACUCAAAUCUGCUCAGAAAAUAGAAACCAAAGAAUGCUAAUAGCUCAUUUACCAGUUUCACUGGUAAAAUGUUUUAAAGUUGCCACCUGAGAAUUAUGAAUGAAAAUGAUUAUCUCUAUUUUUUGAUCUUUAUAUUAAAGGGAAAAGUCCUAGCCAUACUUUAUGUAACAAAUGAGUUAAACUUCCAUAGCAAGUAAGUAUGAGUAUGUUCCUUGAAACAUUUAAAUUAGCUGUGGAGUCUAUUAAAUAUAUUUGUACAAAUAAUUUAGACACUAUUUAUAUGACUAGAUUAAGUAUAAAGUGCUUUAGUCACUGGAGCUCAAGUUCAGUCAUCAAAUUUUUCUUCAAUUUGUAACUGUUUUGCAGUUAAUUUUGUAUCCAUGGAAUUGUUUUAAAAAAUUGGAAUCACAGUUUUAGUGUAAGAGCAUUAUGAGUAUUCAUUGUAGUUAUUUUUAUAUCAGAACCUGGACUCAUUUUAAUGUUUACUUAAUAAAGUAGGCAAAAGAACUAUUUCUUCUCUUCCCUCUUACUAAAUGUUUUAAUUAAGUUUCUUGGGACAAAAUUUUAAAAUUCAUCCAGAAUCAUAGGGCCCCAUUUUUAUUUUCUUAUUGACAACCACUCUAUGUAGAAUAGCAUUAUCUUUGAGUCCUCUAAAUCAGUUUUUAUCUGCAAGGUGCUAAUGCCUAUUUGAUAGUUUACAAAUUAUUUUCAGAUACUUUACAUAGAUGAGGAGAAAGACAUGUCAAGAUGAUACACCAACAUUACUUGGUUUAUGUUAAGACAGAAUCUUUGCUGGGUUUUUUUUUUUUUUUUUUUUUUUUUAAGAUGUCUUGAGUCCUACUUUGAAAACUGCUGGCAAUUGCCAGCUAUCUUAAAAUACAGAUCUAAUCAGAAAAUUCAUUAACUUAGUGACUUUUCUCUUAAAUAUACUAUCUUAAUAAGAACAGGUAUAACAACAUGAAAGCACAUUCUGGGAAGUCGGCAACAUGGGAAUAUGCUUUGCUGUAAAUACUCUAUAUUAUGUAUAUAUAAACACUGACAGGGUUUUGAUGGAUAUGUAACAUACUUCUAGCUUUAAAAGUCAUAGAUACCUCUCCAUAUACCACAUAGAAAACUGAAUAUUAAGAAGUUGUUCUGAUGUCACCCUGCUAGAAAUUUUUUGUAUUAUGUAUAUAGACUUUAGCCUACCUCUUAAAAUUUUAAUUGAAGUUGUUUUCUUUCCAGUGUAUAAUUGUACAUGUGUUAAUA